AUGGAGCCAAGCACCUGUAAGAACAGUGAAACCGAUGAAGACGAUGUUGAGGAAGAGGAAUCUGAGGAGGAGUGUGUUAAAGAGGAAGCCCUGGUCCUUUCUAAUCCUUCGCAGCAGGCCUUGUCAGAGGCUGACCAUAGGGCAUUGGAGGAUGGGGUUCCCUUAGCUAUCAUAGCCAAGAAAAUUAUAGCUCCAGCUGACACAGAUGACCUUGGGAGGAGGAGAAGAAAGCGGAAACGCAGGCCCCUGACCAUCAACUUGACCAACUGCAAGUACGAGAGUGUGCGGCGGGCAGCCCAGAUGUGUGGCUUGAAGGAAGUGGGUGAGGAUGAAGAGUGGAUCCUGUACUGGACAGACUGCUCAGUCUCACUGGAGCGAGUCAUGGAAAUGAAGAGAUUUCAGAAAAUCAACCACUUCCCUGGCAUGACAGAACUCUGCCGCAAAGAUCUGCUGGCACGUAACCUCAAUCGCAUGCAAAAACUCUACCCCAGCGAGUACAACAUCUUCCCCCGCACCUGGUGCCUCCCUGCCGACUAUGGGGACUUCCAGGCCUAUGGUCGGCAGCGAAAAAUCCGUACUUACAUCUGCAAGCCAGAGAGCGGCUGUCAGGGCCGUGGCAUCUUCAUCACUCGAAACCCCAAGGAGAUCAAGCCAGGAGAGCAUAUGAUCUGCCAGCAUUAUAUCUCCAAGCCCUUCCUCAUUGAUGGCUUAAAGUUUGACAUGAGAGUCUACGUCCUAAUUACAUCCUGCGACCCUCUCCGCAUCUUCAUGUACGAGGAGGGCCUGGCCCGCUUCGCCACCACACCCUACAUGGAGCCCAGCCAUAACAACCUGGAGAAUGUCUGUAUGCACCUCACCAACUAUGCAAUCAACAAACACAACAAGAACUUUGUCCGGGAUGAUGCUAUGGGCAGUAAGAGGAAGCUGUCGACACUCAAUGCCUGGCUUCAAGAGCACAGCUACGACCCCCGAGAGCUGUGGAGAGACAUCGAGGGCAUCAUCAUCAAAACCAUUAUCUCAGCUCACUCUGUUCUGCGCCACAACUACCGAACAUGUUUUCCCCAGUACCUGAGUGGAGGUACAUGUGCCUGUUUUGAGAUCCUUGGUUUUGACAUCUUGCUGGAUCACAAGCUGAAGCCCUGGCUGCUGGAGGUGAACCACUCCCCAAGCUUCACCACAGAUUCCCGCCUUGACCGAGACGUAAAGGAUGCACUUCUCUGUGAUGCCAUGACCCUCAUCAACCUCCAGGGCUGUGACAAAAGGAAAGUGAUUGAGGAGGACAAGCGGCGAGUCAAGGAGCGGCUUUGGCUGUGUCACCAACUACCACGAGAAGCCAGGCGAGAACAGAUAGAGUCAUCCCAGGCAGCUGUGCUGGACCAGGAGAAAUACGAGGAUUCCCACCUCGGGGGAUAUCGGCGGAUCUACCCAGGGCCUGACAAGGAGAAGUAUGCGCCCUUCUUCAAGCACAAUGGCUCCCUCUUCCAAGAGACUGUUGCCUCCAAGGCCAGAGAGGAAUGUGCCAGGCAGCAACUGGAAGAGAUCCGCCUGAAGCAAGAACAGCAGGAAAACUCAGGCACCAAGAGGCGAAAGGAAAACAAGGACCAGAAUCUGGGGGAAUCAGCUGGAGAGAAAAGCAGACCCAGAGCAGCGCCCCGAACCCACUUGACUUACAGGAUGCAAAACCAGGAGAAAGAGCUGUCAAAGCUGCUACCAAUAUACCUGGACAGCAUGAAACCUCAAGAAAUUGUGGAAGAGGAAGAGCUAGAACGGAUAAAGGGCUUGCUACAUAGGGGGAAUCUCAUCCGAAGCCUGGGUAUCGUAGAGCAGCUUACUCGCAUGCUCCACUUUAGCCACCGGAAUCAGAAAAACCUUCAUGAAUAUCGGCCUAGAUUUCACCAUGAUGGGCUGGGCAAUCAAGAAAUGCAGUCUCUGAGGCUGGUUCCACUGGUGCUCCUGAGAGAGGCUGCCUCAAAGCAGGGCCAUCCACAUUUCCUGCAGCCCCAAGAAUUGAUCCCAAGGCUCUUAGGGCCACUGUCAAGCAUGAAUGCCACAAUUCCGCAUCAUUCUCAGUAUCAUCUGCAGUCCAGGAACCUCUACUGGACAUGGGAUUCAGCAACCAUGGGUCCCUGUUCAUUGGCAGUGAAGAAACCUGGGACACAGUGUUUUUCCGACACUAGAAUCAGGCUUGGGGGCCAAGGCCAGGACAGCAGAAGGUUAGAAGCCAUAAGCCGAGCUCUGGCAGGAUCAGCGUCAUCCAUUUUAACCUCAAAGCAGCGCUAUCUUCUGCAGCCGGAGAGAGUGGAAAGCGGCUCAUGGACUGAAUGCACCUUGCCUUCGAUGGUAAACUCUAAAUGCAGAGCAGCCAAGCCCGGGAAUGUCGCCGUCUGCGUGGCCUCUGCACCUAUGCUGCAGCGCCGCAGCACACUUCUCAACGUCAGCCAGCACAGGUAAAGGCAGGAGGGGACCCCAGCACCUACCCUCUCCUGGAGAACCCUCGGGUUUCCAGCGGAGCGAAAGGCCUUCAAUCUUUGCUAAGUGAAAGACUGCCACGAAGUUUCAGUGUGAAAUCUCCUGGCCAGGAACCUUGUUUGCAAAAGGCACAACUCAAAAGACAUUAAGAAUUCCUCAACACCCUUCCGGACCGCUAAAGACGAGAUGAAAAGCAGGACGGCCACGUACUCAUCUCCGCACGGCAAGCCUCAGCAUGGCUUUAUCGCUAGCAGAUGGGUCUGAACCCUGGGUGCUGGCCCAGGGUUGAAGAGCACUCCGUCGACAAAGGCCCUUCCUAGCAGAGCCAAGUGUCCACCGCAAGGAGAUGUCGCCGUCUUAGAUUUAAGAGGACGCUUCUCCCGCCAUCGUGGUGAAGACAGGCAGGCCUGGGCAGCCUUGGGAAAGAAGGACGGCUGCUGGCAACUGGACUGUCUUUUUAUUAAAGUUUAUGUCGUUUUCCAGG